AUGUCGGCAGGCGAGGAGCGGGAUGGUGAGGCGGCAGCGCCCGUGUACGUGUAUGAAUCCAAGGUCCACUGUGCCAACGUGCUGUUGAGCCUGGAGGAGCAGCGGCGGCAGGGCAUCCUGUGUGACGUGACUUUAUUGGUGGAGGGGAGGGAGGUGCGCGCUCACAGGGCUGUCCUAGCUGCUAGCAGCCGCUACUUCCUGCAGGCCCUGCUGGGUCACAAUGGGUCACCAGGAGAAGUGGAGCCCAUCAUUAACCUGCCAGACAAGGUGACUGCUAAAGGUUUUGCUCCACUGCUCCAGUUUGCCUACACAGCCAAGCUGGUUUUAAGUCGUGAAAACAUCCAUGAGGUCAUCCUGUGCGCUGACUUCCUGGGUGUUCACAAUUUGGAGGACUCUUGUUUUCGGUUCCUUCAAACCCAGCUACAGAAUGACAGCCAACAUGCCAGUAAUGGCAAGGUGGAAUAUUAUGAUGAUAUCACGGCUGACGAUGCAGUUUUUUCUGACGCAAUAUCCUCGGAUGAUUCUGCCGAGAUCAGGCAACAGAUCAAUCAUGUAGCAUCACUUCCCGAUGACCUUUCUCAAUGUCCUAAAUACAGAAAGUAUCAGUACCAGAUCUGUGAUAACAAGCACAAUGGAGAAGACCACCAUGGCAGUGAUGAGGUCAUAUUGGGCAACCAUACCUCAGUCAGCCCUCUGAGCAUACAGCUCAGAGACAGCAGUGUUGCUUCACAAACUCUUCUUACGCCCUCAAGGAUCAAAGAUGAACCAUUUAUGUUUGAGGGAGAAGGAGAUGAAAGGAGUGGUUGCAACCCAGAAUUGUGUACUGAAGAGGUACUGGAGAUGGAGCUUGAGGUAGAAGGGGUUCCAGUAGUAGCUGAGCACUCUCCGAGCCGAGGUUCACACUCUUCCUGCCUGCGCUCCUACCUCCAGAGAGGCGGCUUAGAUCUCAGUGGUGUGCCAAGCACCACCAUCCAGCAGCUACUGACCAACAGACUGACUCUCAACCACUACAGGGAACUGGUCAAAGACAGGCAGAGGGAUAAGAAGGAAUCGCUGGGUCGAGUGGACCUGAAGACCGGCAUUGCAGAUGGCAUUGGCAAGAACUUGGAAAGACCAGUAUCCAAAGCCUCCUCCUCUAAACAUGAGGGUGAGCUAGACAGAGCCAGCGUCAUUUUCUCUUCAGCAGCUGGCGAGCAACAAAUGUUGGCCCAUUCUUACAUGGAUGAUAAGUUCAGAGAGAAAGUCUCAACCCUGAUGCAGGUAGAAGCUCCUUCUUCUGGUCGAUCAUGCCUCACCACCAGCUGCCCUGUUCCCAUCAAGACAUCAGCCCACUCCCCUCCCCCUUCUGAGCCCCAAACCCAGAAUUCCAGCUCCCGUUCCUCAUUCUCUUACCCAGAGGACGCAGGGAAUGGUAGCUCACCUUUCAACCUUCCCCAGUUUGACUUCUCGUCAUCCCCACACUCAGGCUCCACCUCUGGACUUUCUCAUUGCCUGUCUGGGGUAGUGGGGCAAAGGAACCCCCACAGCGGAGAGCUGGUCUUCUCUCAGGGUUGUACCAAUAUCAAAAGUGAACAGGGAUUUGGUGCCAGUGGUGACAACUCCAGCGAUGAAUCAGGCUCUUUCUCUGAGGGAGACAGUGAGAGUGGCGUCUCCAGAGUCUCUGGCCCUGAGGUAAAGCUGCCCUUCCCUGUGGACCAGAUCACACACCUGCCACGCAAUGACUUCCAGAUCCUCAUCAAGAUGCACAAAUUGUCCUCGGAGCAGCUGGAGUUCAUCCAUGACAUCCGCCGCCGCAGCAAAAACCGCAUCGCCGCCCAGCGCUGCCGCAAGAGGAAGCUGGACUGCAUCCAGAACCUGGAGGGCGAGAUCCGCAAACUGGUAUGCGAGAAGGAGAAGCUGCUGAGCGAGCGCAACCAGCUGAAGGUGUGCAUGUCGGAGCUGUGGCAGAACCUCUCUUUCCUCUCCCAGCAAGUGUGCAGGGAGGUGCAGGACACGCAGCCGCCUCCCGUCUCCACCAGCAUCGACCUCACAUCCAACCCAGCAUCGCCUUCCGACCACGACGGCUCAUCCCGGCCCAGGUCACCUGUGUCGCAACAAAGCGAUGCUGCCUGUCCCAGUGGGGGGGGGCUGGAAGAGAGGCAGAGCCCAGAGUGUCCACUGCUGCUGGGAUCCACUGAGGAAGUAUGUAGCCCCACUGUAACAGUGGACUUCUGUCAGGAAAUGACUGAGAAAUGUAGAACAGAGGAGCAGAACUCUACCUAAAGUCUUUGCUCUAUGACACACUCAUACUUGUCUAUACCUUGAUAUUUCUUUUUUGUAAUGAAUGACACAAGCGUUGUCUUAUCAGCAAUACUGUUCAACAGGUAUUUGUGGACUGGUGAUAAAACAAAAGCACUGGCAGCUUUCUUUCUUUCUCUGUCUCAUCCUGACUUUGCUUCCUGUCAGCUUCCCUCCCUCUCUCGUGCAUCAUGGGAGGUUAAACUCAGGAAUUCCUCAGAAUGUUCAGUAAUGUCCCUGUUAACAUGUACAUGCACUUUACUUUACAGUCCUGUCAAAUCUUGGUAAUUACUUUGGUACAAUUUCAGUUUUGCAGCCAUUUUGCCUCCGUUGACACGGCUCUAGUUCUUUUAACCACGAGGGAUCGCAGGCCAAAUUUUCUGUUAUCUCUGACUAGAAAUGAAAGUACUACUCUGCUGUGUAUAAAUAUGAUCUGAACAAUAUGGGUUGUACAUGGCAGACUUCAGAAAUCUGAGCAGUCACUGCUCUUUUUGUUCCUGGCUAAAAACCAAAAAAGGUUAUUUCCACAUUUCUGUUAUUCAUUAUAUGGUACACCAUGAGACAGCUUACCUUUUCUUAUGACUUCACACUUUGUGAUCUAGUAAUUGUUGAGGGACACAGGACUUUAAAGUAAAAUGUUACCAAAGGUGUGUAUUUGUAAAAUAUGAAGUAGUCAAAUGAACUCUCAUUAUGCAAAGUUUCUUUUGUCGAAUUUACUUUUUCUUGUACUCAGAUGGACGUUUCUACACAAUUCUCUUCUGCCUUUUUUCAUAUGUGCGCUAAGAGACAGAACUACAUUACAAAGCACUGCUCAGCACCUCCAAGAGGCCACAGCUGGCACUGAAUAUGAACGUUGUGACGCCGCCACUGUAAGGCCGAGCCAGUCACUGGGUGUCCACGUAGAUUAAAGGACCACACCAGAGUCAAUCUGCAUUUCUGCCCAACAUUUUCCAAAGCAUGCUCUGCUGUUUCUCAGCUGAUUCAUUUCAUUAAUGCUCAAUCAACAGAAAAGUUGAAAACUGCUUUCAUUGUUUUCAAAGUUAAAUGUGUGCUUGUACAACUGGGUAAUGCUUUAUUUCACCCGUUCACAGUUUCCCAAUCAUUUCCUAACAAGGACCUGAAAGGUUCCUGGAAAAGACUGCAGUCAUGUGUUAAUCACUGAAGGGAAAGUGGAGACGCCUUCUUUACCAAAGCAAACUUAAUGUAGAUAUGUGUCUGUUUGUGUGCUUUUAAAUUACAGCCAGGCACACAAUUCAACAAAUCUAAAGAAUAAUGCUUCCAACUAAUUGAUUUAAGUGAUUACAUUUAUAACAAUUGCAGCAGGUCUACCAAGAACAUUCCUCUGGAAAUGAAAACCCUAACCUUUGUUACUAUUACAUCAUUUCCUGGUUCUGUCUUGAAAAACAUGAAAACAAAACACUGCAAUGCUGUGAGAAAUGGAAAUGGUAGAAAUGUACAGAACACAUUCAAACACUGGUGUGGUCGUUUGUACAGCAGCUGAAACAAAUCAUAAGUGCUCUUUUUGUCCCAUUUAUUUAUUGUCUUAAAAGUAGUAAGAAUUUAGUGUGUGUACUUAUGGUAAUGAUGUAUUUAGCUGCACUCUUCUUUGUAUUGUACAUAGGACAAAUAUCCCUACUAAAAGUAUUUGCUUCAGUAUGUUGGUGUAAGACACCUACAUUUUCAAACCCACAGAUCAUUUGUGAAUUUGUUUAAACACGAAGCAAAAUGAUCAAUUUCUACUUACGAAUCAGUAUCUCUAAUAGUGUAUGUGAAGUUCAAAGCUCCACACAAACACACUGGCAUGUUAUUGAUUUAGGGAGACGCCAAAUUCAUCUGCGGUGAAAAGUCGAUGGUGAGGCACGUGGCCGGGUGAGUGCACUCUGCUGCUGAACUGUGCAAGCCCGUCUGUGGCAUCCGAGCGCUGGAUGUGUUUGGGCUUCUCUUGUGCACCAGGCUCAGGGUGGAAUCACUUUCAGCACAGCAGGUCAAACUACAAUAUGGGAAUAUUUCAUUGCACCUCUCAAAUGAAGGGCGGUUAUUCCCCUGUGUGACUUUGUGAACGUCACACUCGUACUUUAGAAAAUAAGUAGAGUAUUUGAAUUCUAAAAUUAAAACCAUGUGGAUUAAUAUGGCAGCUUUAACAGACUAGAACGGGCUUACAACAAUCUGCUGUUAGUCAAAGGAACUGCUCAGCUGAUCUUCGUAGACUUUAUUUCCUCAAUGUGAACUUGUUAAUUUAUUUAUUUGGACUCUUGUUGUUCGGGGUUGGGGUUGGGUGUAGAGGAAAUUGCAUAGAUGUAAGAUGUAGGUUGCUACCCUUUCUUAGAGUUGAUUUGUUAAUGCUUGUAUUUCUUUUUAUUCUUGCAUAUUUCAUGAAAAAUAAGUCCUCACACAUGUUCUUAGUUAAGUUUAAUAUUUUAACUUAAAGGGGUGUGAGUAUGUUUACAAUUUUGUGUAUUACCUUUUUGUUUUGUAAAGAUAUAAUUAAGACCUGAGAGUUGAAUAGAAAAGCUCUUUUUUAUUUACAUAACUUAAGAGUGUUGUGAGAAUUAUAAGCAUCCAACAAGUGCAGCUACAAUGUCUUGCCUUAGAGGUUACAGAGGCCAAACUAUCUCGUAAGGGAACAAAGGAUUUUAUUUAAUGGAAACUGCAAAGUGCACGUAGCCCCUUUAUAUAUUCUUUUCUUUUACACCCUUAUGUUUAACAGGAAGUCUCUGGUAAAAUGCUCUGACUAUUUAUUUGAGCCUUUUUGUUUCACUGUUCAUAAAGCAGUCCAGUCCUGCGGCUUAGAGUAGGAGUUGACUGCAAAGUGGGCGUAGUCGUGGACGCUUCUGUGUCUGUGAUGGACAGAGACCGGCUGACCGACUGACACUCAGCGGGUUUAUAAUGGAUGACAAAUAUUGAGAUCAGCCAAGGACUUCCUCCCUUCUGAAAAGAUGGAGACCCAAACUGUUCAAUAUAAAUACAUAAAGGAAAUAAAUAAUCCUAUCAAUAAAUACAGACAGAAUAUGUAUUAUAACCAUGAAACAAUAAAUAAUAACACAUUUUAAAAAUAUUGCAUGAAACAAAAACAUUUUGAAAUUAAAACUGCUUGAAUUAUAAAAGAAAUAAAAAGAUGUGUAAUAAAUUAUCAUUGUGAAAAGAAAGAAAAAACAAACUAGGCUUGGAUAUUACAAUCUUAUUAUAUCGUUCUGUGUAUUUAAUUAUAUGAUUAUUUGUGACACAAGAUUUAAUAUUGACCACUGUGGGUCUCCACAUGCUCUCGUAGGUGUCACCGAGGAAUAUCCCAUAACAGAUGUCAUUAUUGAGUUAAUUGAAGGCUGCACUUCAGAGAUGUGAAAAGUCUAACGUCAGACGUCUGACAUUAAUAAUGAAUUCAUCAUUAUCUACAGCGUCAGCUGCUCCAUCACUUGACUCGUUAGUGCGGAGAGUCUGCAGCUCCAGAGCAAAAACAUGCUGAGGACAGGAUUUAAAGGAGCAUACCAAUGGUUUCUGUUUGUUUCUUCUUGUAUCCCGUUGACUGUAGUUCCAUAGACUUUCUAUUACUAUCAAUCAUAAAGCACACUCUUGAUCUCUGAAUGAUGUUCUGUUGGGGUUUCACUUCAUGUCACUGGUACAAAAAGGAAGUUGUGGAGACUUGAAACUGGCCUGCGUUAUGUAAUCCAUCACAUACGUUCUUAUUGUGCAGUAAUGCAAAGCAGAAGUUUUAGAUCAAUCUGCACUUACAAAAAGAGCAGAAGAAAGACAUGUUCACUGGGACAGAUGAGCUAACAGCAGCCAGUUUCAAGUAUCUGCAUCUGUACUGAAGGAAAUGAAAAGCACUGGCUGCAUGGACGACAUGGUGAAGAUGUGUUCAUUAUUACACUGGAGAGAAAAUCUGCAGACUCCUGGACCGCCGUGCUGUUUGAUGACAUUUGGUAACCUGGGACUGAACUGCUCCUCAGGCAGUUUAAUUGCUGUUAUUUUUCUUCAUAGGAUGCUUAAAUGUCCAACUUUCCAACGUCUAUGAAUGCAGCUCUGAUCUUGGCACAACAGUUAUUGUUUCAACCAUGAACUGGUUAUCAGGGAAGAUUUUUCCUUUAACUAUUUUGGAAUCAAAUGUUUUUUUGAAAACACAGUACAUCGUGGCAGACUAAAGGAAGGACUUAUUAAAUCCAAUCUGUUUACACAAUGAGUUAGUCGGGGCCACUUAAAUCUCAGAAUGUGAUUUUUGAGGUUUCAGUUGAACAGACUCUAAGCACUUAUCUACCUGGAUAAUUCAGCAUACCUCUUUUUAUGGGUAAGGACUGUAUGAUAGACAUGUAGACAGUUUCUGUGGCGUUGUUUCUAACUUUUUACAGUGGUUACUUCAUCGUAUUUGUAGAUUUUGGUGAGCCAUUUUUUAUGUGUUCUUCUUUUUCAGUACCUGCUACAUGACUGUUAUAUGCAGAUUGAGCAUUUUUGAUUUCCUUUUUUAUCUCUGAAUGUUUAAAUGACCCGUGUUUUGUUUAGAUUAUUUUGUAAAUAUUGUGCAACAUGUCAUGUUUUGUUUAUUUGAUAUGAAAAAAGGUUUUAAAGAGAAAAACAGCAUUUUGUCUAAAUAUCUUUUCUUGAGAAAUAAAACAAAAAGCA